CAGUCACACUUGUAGUUUAUAUAAAAUUUUAUUUUUGAUUUUUUAAAGGAUUUUAAUUUAACAAUCAAAAUAUGGCAGAGAGUAAUACAGAAGACGUCGAUAUGGUGACUGAAAUUACGAGGCAAGUAACAGCUGCGGGGCCCAAUAGGGCCAAAUCCAGUCAAUUGUAUCUUGCUCUUCAAGAGUCUGCCAAAGAAAAGAUACAAAAAACCAAAGAAGCUAGAAAUACUCGAUACCAGGAAAUGACCAUGGCGCAGAGAUACAUCUGCGAUAUAGUCGCAUCAUAUUUAAACAUGGACACGGCCGAACUCAUAGAAUACAUCAUUGACGAUCAAUUGCACAUGGAUCUAAUGGACGAUUUUGUAAAGAAAGAUACCGGAAAUAAGUGCAUUUUGUUUUACUACCAAAUGGGACCGCCUUUCGGAAUCGAAACUGGACGAUUAAGCUCCGCGAAGGAUCCAAUCAUACGAAUAUUCGUGACCAACGGAGUGACUUAUCCGCUGAGAAAUAAAGCGUUUGCGGUAUACAAAUUAAACAACGUUAACAUCGAAGUGAAGAAUAUAACCGAUGAAAUUUAUACUGUAUCGUUUGAUACUCUGGAUGGUCAGGUCAAUUUUGCGGCGCUCGCUUUCGAUGUGAUGAAUAGGCUGAUAAAGCCUACUUUGGAUGUGUAUACCCAAUGGGGUGAUUUAACUAAGACGGAAAUUGGGCGAUUGGCGAAACUUAAUUUCCACGGCGAUUUCGAAUCGUUCAUAACUUUUCUUAAUAGAAUCAAAAACGAUUUGAGCGGAAUAAUAAUAUUCGAUUAUAGCGAAGAAGAUAUAGGACAGAUUGACGAUAGCGAUAAAAUGGAGAAAGCUUUUUUUAAUAAACCGCUGAUUGCAAGAGUCGAGGGAACUGUAAAAAAUUGGUAUAGAACUAUAGAAAGGAGCAUAGUGGAAUUUAGGCAGUUGAGAAAAGAAGGCGAAUUUGUUGGUCCAAUAGCAGAAUUGGAAUAUUGGCGAAAACAAUUAUGCAAAUUUACUUCGAUGGUGGAAUUUGUGGAAUCGUCGAUUGUGAAAACAUACCUCGACUUCAUAAAAUUCAUCAACAACAAAGAAAUAUUGAAGCAUUGGAAAAUUAAUACAGAACAAGUAUACAUCACGCGAAACGACAGUUCGGACCUGGUGAAAUACUUGUACGUAUUGGAAAAAUACUGGGAACCAUUCUACAGAUUGGAACCUCCAUUAUUGGCCCCGCACGUACCCCCGCUGUUAGAUACAGUUCGAAUGGUUUUUACCACAUCGAAGGUUUACAACAUUGGAAACAUCACGGCUUUCUUGGUGAAAAUUUCCAAUCAAAUGAUCAAGAACUGCAGGGAAUAUUUGAAUUGCAACGACACCAAAACCGUUUGGAAUCAACUAAAAGUUGUCGUUCUAGACAAAAUUAAAGUAUGCUUGGAUUUAUAUCUGAAAUACUACCAAUGCUACAAACACACGAAGCAAGUAAUGGUGGAUCUGAAAGAAAAGGCGCUGGAUUGUUCGGAGAUGUACAUUUUCGGUAAAUUCGAAAAUUUCAAAAACCGUUUGCAGAAAAUCGUUUACAUCUUACAAACGACGAUGAAAUACUCCAUAUUGAAGAACAGCACGAUCGAGGGCAUCGACGAGUUUUCCGACAAAUUCGUGGAGUAUUUCCGGACGAUUUCCCAGAAACCGUACGACGCGCUGAAUUACAGGCUGGUCGAAUUCGACAACGAUUACAACGAAUUUCGACAGAACGUCGUCGACAGCGAAUGGGAAUUGGAAGAGUUUGUCGCGAAUUCUCUCGCUAAGUUGAACGAUAUUGACAACGUUAUCAGGCUAAUUAAAAGGUUUGAGAAAUUAAAUUUGGAAUGCCUGCAUUUGGAAGAGAGAUAUUUGGAAGCGAUGGUGAUGUAUAACAGCGAAUUGGACUUUUUGAGAGAUCAGUAUAACGAAGAAAGGCAAAAUCCAGUUUUGGGUAAAAACAUGCCACCGGUUUCCGGUAGAAUCUACUGGAUUAGACACUUUUACAGACGCAUGAUAGAACCUAUGAAUGUAUUCAGAGAAAGAACUCGGGUGAUGAGACACCGUAAGGUUCAAAAAUGCAUCGCCCUCUUCAACGCCAUGUCGUUUUGCUUCAUCCACUACGAAAACAUCUACCACGAGGCUUGGUACAAAUUCGCUGGACAAGUGCGCAAUUGCCUAUUGGUGCCCAUUAUGGUCAAGCAACCAAAAACGAAGAGGUACUACGUCAAUUUCGACGAUUACAUUAUGGAAGUUAUAAGAGAAUCGGAGUACGUUUACAGGCUAAACUUAGAUGUUCCAGAUGUAGGACAAGUUUUACUAUUUUGCAAAGAAAAACUAUUGCAUUCAUUCGAAUCGGUUAAAGCUUUGGUAGAAAGGAACGAUAAAAUUAGAGACAGUAUACCUCUUCUGUUCCUGCCUAUGAUGAGAUCGCAUUUACUAAAAAUGGAAGACGCUUUUAUACCGGGAUUCGCCACUCUAACAUGGACUUCAUUGAGGAUACCUGAGUUUUGCGAGCAGGCCUCUAAAGUCCUGGAUUACGUGGAGACUUUCAUAAAGGACGUCAAGGAUAUGAGGGAAGCUAGAAUCGACGAGGUGCUUGCGAAUAUCGCCCAAAUCGAAAUGGGAUACAUUCCCAACGAAGCUAUCACUCCCAACGAGCUUUACAAAGCAAAUAUUGCAUUGAGAUCGACAUUUACGACGGAAUUGGAGGUGAAAUCGAGUGCUAUCGAAAAAUGCGUCAUCGAUCUCAUCAAUAAAUUCGUCAGUUGCGUGGAGGAGCCGGAAUAUCAAUCUUCUAAAUACAACUGGAUGGAUCCCGAGAGGGCCGUAAAACCCGUUGCGUCUGCUUCGGCGCUUGUUAUGGGAGAAGAUGCGGCAUUCAAGGAAAUAGACAGGAACGAUACGGAAAGCUUGUCUGUCAUUCACACGAAUUGCAUCGAAAUGUUCGCCUAUUUCAACUGGAAAUUCAUCGAUACUCUGGUGAAGUGCACCAAACUUUCGUUGGAGAAUAUAAAAAAGAGGGUUCUAAACGCCGAGGAUUACAAUCCUAUAAUGGUGACCCAUAUGAUUUUGCAAAUACCCACGAAUAGCAUUAACCCUACGUUGGAAGAAAUGCAAGCAGCUUUUAGUAGAACUUUGAGCGCUGUCUUGGAGACUCACCAAUACAUCACUUUGUGGGGCCACGUCAAAAAGUCUGUCAUAAAACAGACUAAAAAAGUCGAAGAAGAAGUCAAAGUUAACAAUUACCACAAACUAGUCACCGAAAACAAAGACAUAAUUAGAGUAAACAUGAGUCUUAACGGAGUGAUAAAUUUUCUAAACGACGACAUUGAAGCUGUGUUGAAGAAAUUCUUGGAAUGGGAUUUCCUAUGGGCCGAAGACCGAGAAGACCAAGUGCAAAGUUUCUGCGACACGGAUCCUCUAAUUGUUCAGAUAUCCGAGAAAUUUCAGGAAUACGCCAAAACGUCGGAGCGAAUAAGACACCUACCUGAAUUCGUUACCGUUGGUCCAAUAAAAAUUAUGUUGGAAUCGUUUAAAUUGGGCAUAUUGGUGGAAUCCGAGACGUGGAAGCACAUUUUAGGACGGAAAUUGAUAACGAAUUACAAAGACAAACUCAACGAAAUGGUUACUUUCAUAAAGAUGCAAGAAAAGACGUUGAGCAAGACGAUUAGAGAUUUGGACGAUUGUAGAAUCGGCAUGAAGUGCUUGGAAGUAAUCAGAGAGCACUUUAUCGAAAUGGACAUGGGAUUGGUGGUUAUCGAAGAAGCCUAUGCGAUAUUUAUCGGCAAUCAAAUCGAUAUUUCCAAAGAAGACAUCGAUCAAGUCGAAUCAUUGAGGCUUAAUUUCACGAAUAUGAUCAAUCACUCGAAACAAGUGCAAGAAGAGAUAUACAACAUCCAAGGUGUUCUUCUCGAGGAAUUGACUAAAGGAGUAACUAAAUUUAAAGAAGAAGUCAUUAAGUUCGAUAUCGAUUUCGAAGAAAGGGGCCCCAUGGUGCCUGGGUUGACUGCGAGAGAAGCCAGUGAUAGGGUGUUGUUCUUCCAAGAUCGAUUCGAUGAUCUCUGUUCGAAAUUGGAGAUAUUCAGUAGCGGUCAAAAAUUGUUUGGUUUGGAAGUUGAAGAUUAUCCGAUUUUGAAUAAGAGAAAGAAGGAAUUUAAUCUACUAAACAAAUUGUAUGGAUUGUACCUUGCUGUAAAUCGCAGUAUUGAUGGUUAUUUCGAUAUACCCUGGUGUGAUGUGGAUAUCGAAGCUAUCUUCGAAGAAUUGAAAGAAUUCCAAAAUAGGUGCCGAAAAUUACCCAAAGGUAUGAAAGAUUGGCCGGCCUAUCUAGAAUUAAAACAGAAAAUUGACGAUUUCAACGAGACUUGCCCAUUAUUGGAGCUAAUGGCUAACAAAGCCAUGAAAGAUAGACAUUGGAAACGGCUCAACGACCUCACCGGCUACUUCUUCGACGUGGAGAAUCCCAACUUCACGUUAAAGAACGUGAUGGACGCGCCGCUGCUGGACUACAAGGACGACGUCGAAGACAUAUGCAUUAGCGCCGUCAAAGAGAAGGAUAUCGAGAUGAAAUUGAAGCAAGUGCAAACCGAUUGGGCCGUGAUCGACCUGACUUUCACCACGUUCAAAACGAGAGGCGAACUCCUGCUGAGGGCCGGUGAUGUCGGCGAGAUUAUUACCCUGCUGGAAGACAGUUUGAUGGUUUUGAACUUUUUGCUGAGCAACAGGUACAACGCGCCUUUUAAAAAGGAAAUUGUCCUAUGGGUGCAUUUGUUGGUGAACACCUACGAGAUAUUGGACAAAUGGUUGUCUGUUCAAAAUUUGUGGAUAUACUUAGAAGCCGUGUUUGUCGGCGGGGACAUUGCCAAGCAAAUGCCUGUAGAAGCGAAACGUUUUAGCAAUAUCGACAAAGCUUGGGUGAAAGUGAUGGCGAAAGCUCGCGAAAAGCCCAACGUCGUGCAAUGCUGUAUGGGAGACGAAACGAUGGGCCAACUCUUGCCACAUUUACUCGAACAAUUAGAGACUUGUCAAAAGAGUUUAACUAGCUAUUUGGAAACCAAACGAUUGUGCUUUCCGAGAUUUUUCUUUAUCUCGGAUCCAGUGCUGUUGGAAAUAUUGGGUCAAGCUUCGGAUCCGAGCUCCAUUCAAUCGCAGUUGGAGAAUUUGUUCGAUGCUGUUUUCAAAGUAGACUUUGAUCCUAAGAAGCCCGAUUCGAUAAUUGCCAUGAGAUCCGCUAAUGGUGAAGUGGUACCGCUGGACAAGCCUGUACAAUGUACCGGUGGCGUCGAAAAAUGGUUGGGUAGCCUAUUGGCAAUGGUCAAAGAAACCGUAAAAACUGUCAUUGCUAUACAAUGUCAAUGUUUCAAAGAUCCCGAUUACGACUUUAUCGGUGGAUUCAUGCAAUUUUGCGGACAAGCGAGUCUUAUGGGAAUGCAAGUGUUGUGGACCAAAGACUCUGAGGAAGCCAUCAAAAAGGCGAAGGUUGAUAGAAACGCGAUGAGAAUCGCCAACGAGAAAUUCUUAGAUAUUCUCAACGAUUUGAUCGACCUAACAUCGAAAGACAUAUCGAAAUUGCAAAGAACUCAGUACGAAACUAUGGUAACGAUUCACGUACACCAAAGAGACAUUUUCGACACCAUGUGCAAACUGAGAAUCAAAGAUCUACUAGACUUCGAAUGGCAAGCGCAAACUAGGGUGUACUAUUCCGAAGAGACCGACGACAGCGAGGUGAGAAUCACCGAUGUAAUAUUUUUCUACCAAAACGAAUAUCUAGGAAUUACCGAAAGAUUAGCCAUAACUCCAUUGACUGAUAGAUGUUACAUUACCUUAUCUCAAGCGAUUUGGAUAAAUAUGGGAGGCGCUCCCGCCGGUCCUGCAGGAACCGGCAAAACCGAAACCACUAAAGAUAUGGGAAGGACUCUGGGUAAAUACGUCGUGGUGUUCAAUUGCUCGGAUCAGAUGGAUUUUCGUGGUUUAGGAAGAAUAUACAAAGGGUUAGCUCAGUCUGGAACUUGGGGAUGUUUCGACGAGUUCAACCGAAUUGAAUUACCCGUGUUAUCCGUAGCGGCCCAACAAAUUUAUAUCGUGCUAUUGGCCAGAAAAGAAAGAAAACCCUCGUUUCUCUUUUUGGACGGAGACGACGUGUCGAUGAACAUCGAAUUCGGCAUUUUCUUAACGAUGAAUCCCGGUUACGCCGGUCGACAAGAAUUGCCGGAGAAUUUGAAAAUCAUGUUCAGGAGCGUAGCGAUGAUGGUGCCCGACAGGCAGAUCAUCAUUCGUGUGAAACUGGCCUCUUGCGGUUUUAAAGACAACGUUCAUCUAUCGAAGAAAUUCUACACAUUAUACCAGUUGUGCGAGGAACAACUUUCUUCACAGGUGCAUUACGAUUUUGGUCUUAGAAACAUUUUGUCCGUACUCAGGACGCUCGGUGCGCAAAAACGAGCGAAUCCCAGCGAAACCGAAGAAGUUGUCGUUAUGAGAGUACUAAGAGACAUGAAUUUGAGUAAACUAAUCGACGAAGAUGAGCCGCUGUUUUUGUCGUUGAUCGACGACAUGUUCCCCGGCGUAAAAAUCAUCCCGAAAAUAUGGAAGGAUCUGCAAAGGGCCAUAACUAAAGUCGUCGUCGAAAUGGGUUUGGUUAACCAUCCUGCUUGGAAUUUGAAGGUGGUGCAGCUCUAUGAAACCGAGCUCGUGAGGCACGGUUUGAUGGUGAUGGGUCCCACUGGAGCCGGAAAAACGCAGUGCAUGAUAUGCUUGAUGAAAUCUAUGACGGAAAACGGUCUCCCUCACAAAGAGAUUCGUAUGAAUCCGAAGGCUAUUACGGCUCCGCAAAUGUUUGGUAGACUAGAUGUAGCCACCAACGAUUGGACCGACGGGAUAUUUUCCACGCUAUGGAGAAGAACGCUGAAAUUCAAAGCAAACGAAUACUGCUGGCUAAUACUAGACGGACCGGUAGACGCGGUAUGGAUCGAAAAUCUAAACUCCGUCUUGGACGACAAUAAAACUUUAACGCUAGCUAACGGCGAUCGUAUUGUAAUGGCGAAUAAUUGUAAGCUCGUCUUCGAGCCUGAUAAUGUCGACAACGCGAGCCCGGCGACGGUCUCUCGAAUGGGCAUGGUGUUCAUGAGUUCUUCGGUGCUUCCUUGGUCGCCGAUCCUCGAAGCUUGGCUGAAGACCAGACCGAGCCCGGAGGCAGAUUACACGAGAAACCAAUUCAGAAAGUGCUACGAUUUCAUUGAAAAUCUAGUCAUUACGAAACUUAAACCGAAGAUGUUCAUAAGACCGGCUGUUUACAUUCGCCAGUGCUACGAUGUACUUCAAGGAAUUUUGGAUAUUUUCAACGAACCGAAGGCUUGGACGGAGAAACAAGUAGAACGCAUGGUGCUCUUUUCUAUAAUGUGGUCUCUGGGGGCGCUUCUCGAGUUGGACGAUAGGCAGAAAUUCGAGGAGGGCGUACUGAAAGGUUUGCCGAAAAUGGAUUGGCCGAAGUGCUUGAGUCACGAAAGUAUAUUCGAAUAUUUGGUCAAUCCGGAUACAGGCAAAUGGGAACAUUGGAAUGCAAGGGUUGAAGCGUUCGAGUACCCAGUGGACCAGGUUCUAGACUAUACCAGUAUUUUAGUGCCUAACGUCGAUAACGUGAGGACUACAUUUUUGAUCACGAUCAUAGCGAACCAAGGAAAAGCAGUUCUUCUAAUAGGAGAGCCGGGUACCGCUAAAACCGUCAUGAUCAAAGGGUUCUGUCAGAGUUUUAAUCCGGAAUAUCAGCUAUACAAAUCCUUUAGUUUUUCUUCCGCCACCACGCCCAAUAUGGUCCAGAGAAUUAUAGAAUCGUACGUUGACAAAAGAGUAGGCUCGACUUACGGCCCUCCAGCUGGGAAAAUUUUAACCAUAUUCAUCGAUGAUAUCAGCAUGCCGAUCAUUAACGAUUGGGGUGAUCAGAUCACUAACGAAAUCGUGAGGCAAUGCAUAGAAGCCGGAGGUUUCUACAAUUUGGAUAAACCUGGCGAUUUUUCGUACAUAGUCGAUGUACGUUUUUUGGCUGCCAUGAUUCAUCCAGGUGGAGGUAGAAAUGAUAUACCUCACAGACUGAAGAGGCAAUUUAACACCUUCAACUGUACUAUUCCCAGUCAAGCGGCUAUGGACGUCAUCUUUAGCCAAAUAGCUUGCGGCUACUUCUGCGAAGAGCGAUUCAAUAGAGAACUGGCGGAGUUUCUGCCUAAAAUCAUACCGAUGACCAGGCACAUAUGGGAAGCUACUAAAAAGAAAAUGUUACCCACACCGUCGAAAUUCCACUACGUCUUCAAUCUCCGCGAUUUAUCCAGAAUAUGGCAAGGAAUCCUAAUAGUGCAGAAAGCUGAAUGCAGUACUAAAUCGAAAAUUUUGAAAUUGUGGAGACACGAAUGUUGCCGAGUAAUUUCCGAUCGUUUUACCGAUUUUUCGGAGCGUAUUUGGUUCUGCGAACUGUUGAGGAAGCAGGCCGAAGCCGAGCUCGAAGAGGAUUACGAAUAUUACUUGAACGACGACUCCUGGUGGGCGGACUUUUUCAGGGAACCCCCAGAAGCCACCGGAGACGAGCCCGACGAUUUCGAUUUUAGCGCUCCGAAAAUUUACGAAGAGGUAUUGGACUUCGAUUAUCUCAAAGGAAAGCUGCUUGACUUCAUGGAGACGUACAACAUUGAAGUGUCCGGAAGGAAUAUGGAUUUGGUGUUCUUUAGAGACGCUUUGAUCCACCUUUUGAUUAUCUCCAGGAUAAUUAGAAUGCCGCGAGGAAAUGCCCUUUUGGUCGGCGUCGGUGGGUCGGGAAAACAAAGUUUGACUAGACUUGCCACUUUUAUAGCAAACUACGAAGCUUUCCAAAUUGUAUUAACUAGAUCUUACAAUAUGGGUAAUCUUAUGGAUGACAUGAAAUUUCUGUAUCGUCGAGGAGGUAUGAUUGGCACGGGCGUUUCCUUCAUUUUCACCGACAACGAAAUUAAGGAAGAGACCUUUUUGGAAAGCUUGAAUAACAUUCUGAGCUCCGGAGAAAUAGCCAAUCUAUUUCCGAAAGACGAAUUGGACGAAAUCCAAAACUAUUUGAUACCGGUCAUGAAGAAGAAAGACCCGAAGCGAAUACCGACAAAUGACAAUUUAUACGAUUUCUUUAUCACCAGGGCGAAAUCUAAUAUACACGUGGUGUUGUGUUUCUCGCCAGUGGGCGAGAAGUUCAGGAAAAGAUCGCUCAAGUUCCCCGCUCUUACGGCCGGCUGCACGAUCGACUGGUUCAGCAAAUGGCCGCUGGACGCUCUAAUCGAAGUAGCUUGGCACUUCAUGGAGGAAUACGCCAUUGUCUCGACGCCGGAAAUUAAAGCCGAACUAAUCUUCAUGAUGUCCGAACUUCACGAUAACGUCAACGAUUUUUGCGACCAAUACUUCAACAGGUUCCGGAGAAGAACUUACGUUACUCCCAAAACGUUUAUAUCGUUUGUGGGCGAAUACAAAGGAAUAUAUCAGACAAAAGUGGACGAUAUCGCGGUACUGGCUCACCGAAUGAGAACCGGCUUAUCCAAAUUGGUGGAAGCGGCUGUUAGCGUGGACGUGCUGCGCAAAGAUCUGGCCGUUAAAGAGGUGGACAUGGUGAAAGCUACGAAGAUAGCCGAAGGUGUCUUGACGUCCGUGUUGCAAGCCUCCGAGAUGGCCAACAAAAUCAAGGAAGAGGCCUUGAUAGUGAAGGAAAGAGCCGAGACUCUGGUAGCACAAAUUAGUAUAGAUCAAAAGGAGGCUGAGGCUAAGUUGUUGGACGCCAAACCCGCUUUGGAUGCAGCUGAGGCGGCAUUACAGACUAUUAAAGCGGCUGAUAUAGCGACUGUGAGAAAAUUGGGAAAACCUCCUUAUCUAAUUUUGCUUAUCAUGGACUGCGUACUGAUAUAUUUCAAAAGACACUUGGAUCCCGUCAAGCCGGAUUACGAUAAAAUGUUCCUCACGGCAACGUGGAGCGAAUCGUUAAAAGUCAUGUCUGAAACUGGUUUCCUGAAAAACCUUCAACAAUACCCUAAAGACACCAUUAACGCCGAAAUCAUCGAUUUGCUUGUGCCUUACUUCACUAACUCAGUGUAUACUUACGAAAACGCCAAAACUGCUUGCGGUAAUGUAGCAGGUUUGAUAUCCUGGACAAUUGCUAUGUCAUCGUUCUACGACGUUAAUAAAGAUGUACUACCUCUCAAGGCAAACUUGGCUAUUCAACAAGGCAAACUGGAGAAAGCUCAAAACGAGCUAAACGCUGCCAUGGCGCUGCUGUUAGCCAAAGAAAAAGAAGUACAAGCAUGUCAAGACAAGUACGAAGGUGCUAUAGCAUUCAAACAGCGAAUAUACGAUGAAGCGGCGAAGGUGAAAUUUAAGAUGGACGCCGCUACAGCUCUGAUAAACGGUUUGUCCGGCGAAAAGGUGCGAUGGACGGAGCAAUUGGCCCUGUUCAAAGCCGAAACCGAAAGAUUGGUCGGCGAUGUUAUUUUAUUGACCGGGUUUUUGGGUUACACCGGUCCGUUUAACCAGGAAUUCAGAGCGUUGAUGCAGCAAUCGUGGAUUGACGCUUUAACUAGGCGGAAAAUACCCCUAACACUUAGCCUGAAUAUCAUUGAGAGCUUAACCGAUUCUGCUACGAUUGGAGAGUGGAAUCUCCAAGGAUUACCAACAGACGAUCUAUCGAUACAAAACGGAAUUAUCGUAACGACAGCGUCGAGAUUCCCUCUCCUAAUAGAUCCACAAACCCAAGGCAAAAUAUGGAUCAAGGAGAAAGAAAAAACGAACAAUCUAAUAGUUACAACGCUUACGAACAAAUAUUUCAGGAAUUUCUUGGAAGAUUCGAUAUCGUUGGGAUACCCGAUGUUGCUCGAAGACGUCGGCGAGGAAAUCGAUCCCAUAUUAAACGACAUAAUGGAGAAGAACCUAGUCAAAGUCGGUUCGACGCUGAAGGUGAAAGUGGGCGACAAAGAAGUCGAUUUCAACGACAAAUUCAAACUGUACAUAACAACCAAACUGGCCAAUCCGAAGUAUACGCCCGAAGUGUUCGCUAGAGCGUCCAUAAUUGAUUUCACCGUCACGAUGAAGGGCUUGGAAGACCAGUUGUUGGGCAGAGUGAUUUUGAUGGAGAAGAAGGAGCUGGAACAAGAGAAGACGAACCUGCUGAAGGAAGUGACGGCGAAUAAAAGGAAAAUGCAGGAACUCGAACAGAACUUGUUGUACAAGCUGACGACGACUAAGGGUUCUUUGCUCGACGACGAAUCCGUCAUUAUUGUGUUGAACGUAACCAAAAGUACUGCUAACGAGGUGAAGGAGAAGCUGAUCGUAGCGAAAGAUACCGAAAUUAAAAUUAAUUUAGCUAGAGAGGAAUUCAGACCGAUAGCAAACAGAGGAAGCGUCUUGUAUUUCUUAAUCGUCUCGAUGUCUUUGGUUAAUUUUAUGUACCAAACUUCUCUAGGUCAAUUUUUAGAGAGAUUCGAUAUUUCCUUGCUCAAAUCGGACAAAUCUCCCAUUAUUGCGAGGCGUUUACAAAACAUCAUCGAUUACUUAACGUACGAAAUAUUCAAAUAUACAGUAAGAGGAGUGUACGAAGAGCACAAGUACAUGUUCGUAUUGCUGAUGUGCCUCAGAAUAGAUCUGGAAAGAGAGGCGAUCGGUCACGAAGAGUUCCAGAACUUCAUCAAAGGUGGAGCGGCCUUGGAUUUGAACGCUUGCCCACCGAAACCCGCCAAGUGGAUAACGGAUUCUACAUGGUUGAAUGUAGUGGCUAUAUCCAGCUUGAGGCAUUUUCAAUAUAUUGUAACACAGGUGACCAACAACGACAGAAAAUGGAAAGAGUGGUUCGAUAAGGACGCGCCCGAAGAAUCAAUGAUACCAGAUGGUUACCAUACUCUCGAUACUUUUAGAAAAUUACUACUGAUAAGAGCAUGGUGUCCCGACCGGACGGUCAUCCAAAGUCGAAAAUACGUUUCUUCCUCGCUGGGCCAGAGAUUCGCCGAGCCUGUUGUUCUCAACUUGGAAGUAAUUUAUUACGAAUCGCGAGCUCUGACUCCCAUCAUAUGCUUCCUGAGUAUUGGAUCGGACCCGACGCCGUUCAUCGAACAGCUGGCUAAGAAACUGGAAACCCCCCUGAAGAGCAUAUCGAUGGGACAAGGUCAGGAGGUCCACGCGAGGAAGCUGAUUGAAGGCGCUCUGAACGAGGGCUAUUGGGCGCUGCUUCAGAAUUGCCAUCUGUCGUUGGACUACAUGAAUGAAAUUUUGGGGGAGCUGCUCGAAUUGGAUAAAGGAACCGUCGAAUUCAAUCCAGAUUUUCGAUUGUGGAUUACCACCGAACCGCACGAUGACUUUCCAUUGACAUUGCUGCAAAUCAGCAUCAAAUUCACCAACGAAGCCCCGCAAGGCAUCCGGGCUGGAUUAUUGCGAACUUACAGUUCAAUGAAUCAGGAUUUACUUGACUAUUCCGACGCCUGGCAAUACAUACCCCUGGUUUACGCUAUAUCUUUCUUGCAUACCGUAGUGCAAGAGAGAAGAAAAUUUGGACCUUUGGGUUGGAACAUUCCCUACGAAUUCAAUUCGGCCGAUUGGUUGUCAAGCGUGUUAUUUCUUCAAAAUCAUUUGGACGAUUUAGACCCGAAAAGAGGAAUUAGUUGGCCAACUUUGAGGUACAUGUUGGGAGAAGUUCACUACGGAGGCAGAGUGACUGACGAUUUCGACAAGAGAUUACUGAACACUUUCUGCAAAGUGUGGUUCAACGAAGGAGUUUACUCCGACGAAUUUAACUUCUAUACAGGAUAUAAAAUAAUCAAAUUCAAACAAACUUCCGAUUACGUGGAUCACAUUGCCAAUUUUCCGGCUACGGAUCCGCCGCAAGCAUACGGAUUGCAUUCUAAUGCCGACAUCACAUAUCAGACGAAUACGAUAAUUGCCAUGCUCGACCAAAUAUUGGCUAUUCAACCUAAAGAAUCUGGAAGCAGUACUGAAGAAUCUCGAGAAACUGUGGUUGGUCGAUUAGCAAAGGAUAUGCUUGGUAAAGUUCCGCCUAAUUACGAUCCGUUCGAAGUAAAAGAGAGAUUGAAAAUAAUGGGCCACUUAAGCUCCCUAAAUAUAUUCUUAAGGCAGGAGCUUGAUAGAAUGCAAAAAGUCAUAUCGCUCGUUAGAUCUACUCUAAAAGACUUGCUACUUGCUAUAGAGGGGACAAUUAUUAUGAGCGAGACUCUAGAAGGCGCUUUGAACAUGAUUUACGACGCCAAAGUACCACAACUGUGGUUGCGUCCAUCUUGGUUAUCAAACUCCCUAGGAUUUUGGUUUACCGAAUUGGUGGAGAGAGACGAUCAAUUUAGAAACUGGACGUUUAACGGGAGACCUUUAGUUUUCUGGAUAGCGGGUUUCUUUAACCCGCAAGGAUUCUUGACUGCAAUGAAACAAGAAGUGGCCAGGUCGCAUAAAGGAUGGGCUUUAGAUAAUGUCAAAUUAUUUAACGACGUUACUAAAAUGUUCCUUGAUGAAGUGAUGGAAGGACCAACUGAAGGAGUUUUUAUCCACGGUUUAUUCCUGGACGGUGCCGGAUGGGAUAGGAGAGGCGCCAAACUUACCGAAGCCAUUAACAAGGUUUUGUACACGUUGAUACCUGUCGUUCACGUGUACGCCCUUUACAAUUACGAAGUGAAAUCGAGUAAAUACUAUGUGUGUCCCGUUUACAAGAAAUCAAGGAGAACUGGAUUAAACUACAUCACCACGCUUUACUUGUCAACGAUAAAGCCUCCCGAGCAUUGGGCCCUGCGCGGCGUCGCAUUGCUGUGUAAUAUCCAAUGAUUUAGGAUUGUAAACGUUUUUAUUAAUUUUAUUAACAGCAAAUAAAUAUUUGCAAUAAUUUACUCAA